AUGGUAUCAUUUAUUCAUAUGAUUGUUUCCAUAUUGUUUUUGGAAGGUUAUCAUAGUAUUAAAUGUGUCGAUCAAAUUCAAUUACAAUUAUCAUCAUCUGAAAUGACUUUGCUUAACAACGAAACAAUAUUUAAGAAUUUAAAAAGCAUUGAUCGUACGAUGUGUCAAGUGUAUGUAGAAUUUGAUUUUAUUAAUCAAAAAUUGAUAAUAAAAUUUGGUCAGUCUAUGGAAUUUCCACGUCUUCGUUCUGUUGAAAAUACUUAUAUAAAUAUUGUUACGUCUAUGGCAUCGGUUAAUUUCGAAAAGAAAAUAAAUCAAACAUCGAUUAAAACGAAAAUAAAUUUAAUUUGCUAUAGUAAUCAUAAAUGUGAUCAACAAUUAAUAUUCGAAAUUCUUGAUCGAUUAAUUAAAACAAAUUAUAAAGAUUUAGAAUCUCAUAUUCGCUCUUUAAUAUUUGUUCAAAAAAUUAAAACAAAUAAAUGUACUGUUGGUAAUGAUAAUAAUACAGAAUUUUGUUCUGGUACUGCAUGUUCAUGGUAUCAUUCGUUAAAUACAAAACAAAAUGAAGGCAAAUGUGAACAUGUACCUUUACGAGUAUUACCAAUGAUUGAACUCAAUACUGAAAUAAGGAUGUUUGAAAAACUUAAAAUACGAAAUGGAGAAAUAGAAAGUAAUCCUAUUCGAGCAGUUUUCAAACAUCAAUCAUCGAUAAAAUUUUGGUGUAAAUUAAAUAACUGUAAUAAUCAUAAGAUUGGUAAACUCGUUAAAGAAGUUGUAAAUAAAUAUUAUGAUUUAUGGACGAUCUACAAGGUCUGUAAAUCUAAUGAAGAAUAA